ACAAAGGUCCAAGUCUAUCAUAAAAUGGCUAUCACAAAAAAAAAAUUAGUCGUGUAUACUUUCACUCUUCUCUUUAUCAUAUCUUAUGUUCAUUGCCAGUCUACAUCCGCUAGCAGUCCUGGUUUUGACAACGGAGAAGUUUGCAAACAAUUCAAAUUCAAUCCGUGUGAACGCGGAGGGGAUAGAGGCUGCACUGUGUUUUGUACAAGAAAGUUGUUUACUCGAGGCGAAUGCAGAGACGAGGGAUGUUGGUGUUGUCCUAGUUUUGACAUCGGGGAAAGUUGCCAAGGUUUCAAAUUCAAUCCGUGUGAACGCGGAGGGGAUAGAGGCUGCACUGUGUUUUGUAAAAGAAAAUUGGUUACUCGAGGCGAAUGCAGAGACGAGGGAUGUUGGUGUUGUCCUGGACAAGUAUGAGAUAUCAUUAUUAAUCUUCAUACAGUUUAACCUUUUUGAAUAUCUAUCUAUACUAAAGAUAGAAAGUUGAAUAAUCAUAAUUUUACU